GCACACCUAAACUGAUGCAAGUUGAAUGAGGGUAACGUUUAAUGUUACCGGUCUCAGAUUUGAUAUAGGAUCAGUGAUCAGUUUCUUCUCUCAGCCCUGGGCAGUGUUGAACAUGACAGACUGUCAGGCAGAAGGACCUGGGAACAUGACACCAAUGGAACUGUAUGAGAAACUGUCAGCCCAGGGAGAAACAGUCAGAGCCCUAAAAACACAGAAGGCUGACAAAGCGGACAUUGAUGCUGCAGUGCAGCUGUUGCUGAAGCUGAAAGUGGACUACAAAGCGGUAACGGGUCAGGACUACAAGGCCGGAUGCCUGCCCAGCGACAGCACCCCCACGCAGGACAACGGGCCCUCCACCGGGGAAGACGAGGACACAGUCGACCCCUGGAAUGUGUCAACCUCCAGUGCCAAAGGAGUGGACUAUGACAAGCUGAUUGUACGGUUUGGCAGCAGCAAGAUUGACCAGGACCUGGUGGAUAGAAUAGAACGUGUCACGGGACAGAAGCCACACCGCUUUUUGCGACGGGGAAUUUUCUUCUCCCAUAGGGAUAUGCACCAGAUCCUGGAUGCGUACGAGAACAAGAAAUCCUUCUACCUGUACACAGGGCGGGGCCCUUCUUCAGAGGCUAUGCAUGUGGGCCACCUCAUUCCCUUUAUCUUCACAAAAUGGCUGCAGGACGUGUUCGAUAUCCCACUGGUCAUCCAGUUGACGGACGACGAGAAGUACCUGUGGAAGGACCUGUCAUUGGAGGAGUGCCAUCGCUACGCUGUAGAGAACGCCAAGGACAUCAUCGCCUGCGGCUUUGACGUCAACAAGACCUUCAUCUUCUCCGACCUGGAAUACAUGGGAAUGAGCCCAGGAUUCUACCGGAAUGUGGUCAAAGUACAGAAGCAUGUGACCUUCAACCAAGUCAAGGGCAUCUUUGGGUUCACUGACAGCGACUGCAUCGGCAAGAUCAGCUUCCCGGCCAUCCAGGCCGCCCCCUCCUUCAGCACCUCCUUCCCCCAGAUCUUCAACGGCAGGAAAGACGUGCAGUGCCUGAUCCCUUGUGCCAUCGAUCAGGACCCGUAUUUCAGGAUGACCCGUGACGUGGCCCCUCGGAUCGGCUACGCUAAGCCAGCCCUGCUGCACUCCACCUUCUUCCCCGCCCUGCAGGGCGCUCAGACCAAGAUGAGCGCCAGCGACCCCAACUCCUCCAUCUUCCUGACCGACACCGCCAAGCAGAUCAAGAACAAGAUUAACAAGCAUGCCUUCUCGGGAGGCAAAGACACCAUAGAGGAGCACAGGAAGUAUGGUGGAAACGCGGACGUGGAUGUGUCCUUCAUGUACCUGACUUUCUUCCUGGAGGAUGACGAGCAGCUGGAGAAGAUCCGGCAGGACUACAGCAGUGGAGCCCUUCUAACGGGAGAGCUGAAGAAAAGUCUGAUCGAGACCCUGCAGCCCAUGAUCACGGCCCACCAAGAGAGACGCAAGCAGGUCACAGAGGAGACCGUCCGCCAGUUCAUGACUCCCCGCCGGCUAGAUUUUAACUACUAGCGGGAGAGAAUUUUGCGAGAGCGAGUUAGCCAUCAUGAUUCAAAUCGCAAGUCAUUUACCACCCGAAAGUAGGUCAAAGCAAGUGGCUUCCUCUGUGCCCUGGCAAGACGAUGUUGCUUCCCAAAGCCACAGUGCAUCCAAAUCAUGUCCCCAGCUGUACAGUUUAUGUCUAAUAAACUGCCCGUUAAAAUAA